GUGCUUCUCAGGAUGAUUGAGGAGGGCAGUAAAAGCAGCAAGUCCAUUGUGGAGAAGAGGCAGCUGUUCAUGGAGAUGAGAGCCCAAAACUUUGAUGUUAUUCGACUCUCAACUUACCGAACGGCUUGCAAGCUACGGUUUGUUCAAAAAAGAUGCAACCUUCACCUGGUAGAUGUGUGGAACAUGAUCGAGGCAUUCCGGGACAACGGACUUAGCACGCUCGACCACAGCGCAGAGAUUAACGUAUCACGCCUGGAGACCAUCCUCUCCUCCAUCUUUUACCAGCUGAAUAAACGGCUGCCCACUACGCACCAGAUCAGCGUGGAACAGUCCAUAGGCCUGCUGCUCAACUUCAUGGUGGCCACUUAUGAUAGUGAGGGCCAUGGUAAACUCACCGUUUUCUCCAUGAAGUCUAUGUUGGCAACCAUGUGUGGUGGGAAAAUAGUGGACAAAUUGCGUUAUAUAUUCUCUCAGAUAUCCGACUCCGGCGGUGUGAUGGUCUUCGCUAAGUUUGACCAGUUUCUGAGAGAAGUGUUAAAGCUUCCUACAGCCGUUUUUGAAGGCCCUUCAUUUGGCUAUACUGAACACUCAGUGAGAACAUGCUUUCCGCAACAGAAGAAGAUCUUGUUGAAUACGUUUUUGGAUGUGAUGAUGGCAGAUCCACCUCCACAGUGCCUCGUCUGGUUGCCUCUCAUGCACAGACUCGCUAAUGUAGAGAAUGUCUUCCAUCCCGUGGAAUGUUCAUACUGCCGAAGUGAAAGUAUGAUGGGUUUUCGGUACCGGUGCCAGCAGUGUCAUGGCUACCAGCUUUGUCAGAGCUGUUUUUGGCGCGGUCACGCCAGUGGUCCCCACAGCAACCAGCACCAGAUGAAGGAGCACUCUUCCUGGAAGUCUCCAGCGAAGAAGCUGAGCCAUGCCAUCAGUAAAUCCUUGGGCUGCGUCCCAAUAGGAGAACCUCCACACCCUUUGUUCCCAGAGGCAGCUGAGAGGCCGCAGGACUUGGCACACACAACUCAGCUGAAGCCAGUGCCCAACAACAUGAAUGAUACCAUUCUAAUGUCAUCUGGGGUACCCACACCUGCCAAAAGUACACUGGAGAGUCCUAGCAGACUGGAUGAGGAGCAUCGCCUCAUUGCUCGAUAUGCGGCUCGUUUGGCUGCUGAGGCCAGCAACUCCACUCAAUGCCCUCCAGCCGACCUGAGCUUCAACUUUGAUGCAAAUAAGCAGCAGAGACAACUCAUAGCAGAGCUUGAGAAUAAAAAUAGGGAAAUCCUUCAGGAGAUUCAGCGUUUGCGUCUGGAACAUGAGCAGGCGUCUCAGCCCACCCCAGAGAAGGCGCAACAAAACCCCACCCUCCUGGCAGAGCUCCGACUGCUCAGGCACAGGAAGGAUGAACUUGAACGGCGCAUGUCAGCUCUGCAGGAGAGUAGAAGGGAGCUGAUGGUGCAGUUGGAGGGCCUCAUGAGGCUGCUCAAGGAUGAGGAGCAAAAGCAGGCUGCCCAGACAGGCAGUUCGCCACACUCUUCACCCAGUCACAGCUCCAGCGGCACCAUGCCCAUGCCCAUACGAUCCACCUCAGCUGGCUCCACCCCUACACACACACCCCAGGACUGCCUAGCUGGAGUGGGUGAUGAUGUGCUUGAUGCCUUCUCUCAGGGUGUACCUAGAAAUCUGCGUAAUGAUUUGCUGGUGGCUGCAGACUCGAUCACAAACACCAUGUCAUCACUUGUGAAAGAACUCCACUCAGUGGAUGAUGGUUUGGAGGAAGAGGAGGAGAAUAUGCGGAACGGAAGGAACAAGGUCUCGACACAGAGGCAUCAUGGGAAAAGGAGCUCCACCCCUUCAUUCUAG